AUGAAUGCUAAUAGAACUGAUUGGUCAAGGAGGCUUGAUAAUGAUGUUUGGGCCUACCGAACUGCAUAUAAGACUCCUAUUGGUAUGUAUCCAUACCAACUUGUAUAUGGGAAGGCUUGUCACUUUCCGAUCGAGUUAGAGAACAAAGCAAUGUGGGCAUUCAAGAAACUGAAGAUGGAUUGGACUGAAAAAGUAGACCAACGACUAAAUGGGUUGAAUGAGCUCGAUGAGCUACGCUUGUUUCCGGGCAAACUCAAAUCCAAGUGGACAGGGCCAUUCCUCAUCACUAAAGUGUUCUCACACGGAGUGGUUGAGUUGGAAAAUGAGGAGGGUGCAAAGUUCACAUUAAACGAGCAAAAGAUUAAGAUCUACUUGGGGCAUGCAAAGAGCGUCCAUGAAGUGGUUGAGGCUUAUCCCCUCGAUGAAGUCUGA